CCCUCUGAAUAUUCAUUUCAUGAUAACAUACAAAGUUUGAUACAAAGACUGGCGGAUAACAAAAGAUCCCCAGAGCGAGAGCCCAAAGACAGGCAACUUAAACCCACAACGGGGCAGCUUACAACCACAACAUAAACAAGACACGGAAACAGAAAACCGCAACUAAAUCAUCAACACAAACCAUAGGAUAGUUCAGUAUGCAAUAAACCUCCUAAAUAGCAAAAAGUAGUGAACUGGAUAUAUCGAUGUUGUCCUCAACAUCCCAAAUAAUACCCACUUAUAGAACUGAAGACACCACGUCUUCUCAAUCCGGAUCUAUCGUUGCCGCCUAUGGCCUGCCAAACGAUACCAUCCCUCACUCCAACCUAAGAACCAUGACUUCACAACCCGACAAGAAGGAUCGCUUCACAAUCUAUACCACCUCUCUUCACGAUCUAUACCAUCUUUCGGAUACGGCCUGAACGUACUCACUAACGUCCACUUUACGCCUAGAUAGAAGCCCACCAUAAACCUUCACACAAUCAAGCCUCGUCGAUCAAAACUCAUUACUGAUACAAACCUUAACAACCAAACCAACGAGAGCUCACUACAACCACCAAAGCAGGAGGAUAAAACUGCAACUGAAACUCCACCGCACACCAAACCAAAGAUACAAAGCGCUUGUGAACCACUCCUUACAAAAGCUAUAUUUAAACUCUGGAACCACUAGGAUAACUAGACCCGAAAUCUCCGAUCUUGGCGAACUACAACCCAAAUACACAGUCUAAACCAACACAGGAAACACAUGGACACCGGAGAAUGACGAUUGAAACCCGGAACCAUAGCCUGUCUUCUUGAGAGAACAACAUACCCACCGUAGAAAAUCAAUCGAAAAAAUCCACAUCAAUCCAGAUCUACAAAAACUAAACCAAACGAGAACAUAUCUGAAACUUGAAAAUAGAUCUGCGCCCAAAAACUCUAAAUGCCGACUCCCACCAAACGAGACUGCUUCACACCGCUGUGCCAUGUCUCCAGAACCAGCUGAGGCUCCACCGUGCUUCACACUCGCGAGCGGAAGAAGGGACGAGACCGUUGACCUAGACCAUAACCAAAAGCAAAACAACAGGGAAGCAGCGGCUCAGAGAAACAAAGGAAAGAUAAGAGGAGAGACUCCGGCAAUGGCACGGACGCUCACGCGCCGGCCAGUCACCGGAAAAAGUCAGAUUUGUUUUUGGCGACAAAGAGAUAAGGAGAGCGUCGGGAGGCUUUUUUUUGGCGACAAAGAGAUAAGGAGAGACAAGGUCACGAACUUUGAACAAAAUAGGAAUCUCUAUCAGAACAUCUUUGAUUAUUUUCUCUAAAUAAUAUUCUACCUUAUAUAAGUUUAAAGUUUGUACGAAGCUUGUUAGCUCUAAAAAAAAAAACUUGUUAGCUCAUCCAUGGACAAGUUCUUGAGAGUUUGGGAUCUCGAGACCGAACACUGUAUCGAAAUAGUUACCAUCAUAGUUAAGUCCGUUGAUGCUGAUCCAAAGGAGA